GGUGUGUUAUCAUUACUCGUUGCAUUCGUAUAAGAAGUGUAAACAAUCAUCAAUUAAAUAUUAUUCGAUCGACAAAAUUUAUAAAAUGAAUAUUUGUAAUCAGUUUAUAAAUGUGUACAAUUGUUGAAAUCCUUAAAUAAAUAAAAAAACAUUAUUUUACUUAAUAAUGUUUAUGACUUCUUAUAAUUAGAUUGUUAGUCCGUAAAACAAACAUAAUGACUGAAGCUAAUAUAAUACAAAUCCUCAAUGAUAUAGCUAAAGUAGACGAAUUAACUGAAGCUUUCAAUGGCUAUGUCCACAAAGAUUCUCUUCAAAAUAAUGAACAAAUAGAUAAAUUAUUUAUAAACCUAACUUCAGUUAUUACAAGAUUGCCUGAAGAACAACAAGGAACAGCAAUAAAAUUAAUUCUUAAAACAGCUUCUACUUUAACUGUCGGUGUCCGUCAAAAAAAUUUUCUAAGGAUGCUUCAAAAAAUGGUUGUGUAUCAUGGUAUUUCUUCAAAACUGAUGUGUGAGUGUAUAAUUAAUUCUGAAUACCUUGUUCAUACAAAUUCUGGUUUUUGGAUUGAAUGUUUCCAUAUCAUUAAAUCUAUAUUAGCUACUGUAGAUUAUAAAGGAGUUAGAGAAAUUAUGAAAAGUUGUCUUGAAAAAGUAAAUGCGAUGCCAAAAGUACUACCUGCCUCACUUUUACCACAAUUUCUUGUGCUUGAAGAUGUAAUACGGUACAUGUUUGAUCGAGAAGCUUGUCUCCUUCCUGGUUAUUUUGUUAUAAAUGAAAUACUUAAAUUAUACAGUGAUAAAAAAGGAUGGCCACAUUGGAAGUUAGGCUGUUUGGUAUCUAACUUUAUAGAAAGUUUUAGAGGUGCAGCACAAAUGACUUCAAUAAUAGGGCAAUCAUCAAUGUUACCAGUAGUAGAGCAUUCUGGCUAUAAUGAUGAAAUGAUCAUGCCUUGGAAAUUAGAUUCAGAUACUCUUAAGUUAACAUUAAAAGGAAACAUUCCAUACCCAAAACAACUUACUCAACCACAAACAAAAUUAUUUAGAUAUGUGUUGGAGCAGCCUUAUUCUAGGGAUACAGUUUGUUCUAUGUUAGGAUUGCAAAAAGGGACUAAACAACGUUGUAAAGUACUUGAAGAGCAGUUAGUUGAAUUAAUUAUUAGAUCAAUGGAAAGAAGUGAAAAAGAAGUUACUGAAGGAGCCGACCCUGAUGAAAAUCAUUGGCUUUGGCUUCACAUAUCUAGUCAACUGAUUUAUUUUAUACUAUUUCAAUUUGCCGUAUUUCCUAAUAUUGUAAAUGCACUUCAUGAAAAGUUACUCAAAAAAGAUUUACAUAGAUCAAGGGAUAGAUUGAUGUGGGUACUUUUACAAUAUAUAUCUGGUAGUAUUCAGCGGAGCUCUCUUGAAAAUAUAUUGCCAGUUUUAAAAUUAUAUGAUUUAUUGUAUCCUGAAAAAGACCCUUUACCAGUCCCAGAUACAAAUAGUCCGUUAUGUACUCAUCAGAUGGCCAUUACUUGUAUAUGGAUACAUUUGCUCCGUAAAGCUCAUAUGGAUAACAUAAAAUUUCAUAGACCUAUUCCACCGGCAUUAAAGGCCCAUCAUGAUUAUUUACAACAACUUGUACAACCAUCUAAUGGUGCUCUGUGCAUGGGUACUGAUUAUCGUAUAGUUCUUCUCUGUAACGCAUUUUCUACAAAUAAUGAAUAUUUAUCUCGACCUAUGGCUGCUCUUGUAGAAGCUGUACUUGGUAAUACUAGCAAUCGUAGUUUAUCUGGUGUUGCAUCAAACUCACAACAAUCUUCUCAAUCGUCUGUUGUUCCCUCUACUGUGGGUGGUACAUCACCUGUAGCUGCUGUACCUGGUUCUGGUGGAACUACUAGUCCAAUAAGUGGAAACACUGGAUCUUCUGGUAGUAUGGGUCCUACUACACCUCUUAGUAUGGCUGUUUUAGAUUCUUUGACAAUACAUGCAAAAAUGAGUUUGAUUCAUAGCAUUGUAACUCAUGUCAUUAAGUUAGCGCAAUCUAAAUCAAACAUGGCUUUAGCUCCAGCAUUAGUAGAAACAUAUAGCAGACUUUUGGUUUAUACAGAAAUAGAAUCUUUAGGAAUCAAAGGAUUUAUAAGUCAAGUUUUACCUACAGUUUUUAAAUCUCAUGCCUGGGGAAUUCUUUAUACAUUAUUGGAAAUGUUUAGUUAUAGAAUGCACCAUAUACAACCACACUAUAGGGUUCAACUUCUUUCUCAUUUGCAUAGUUUAGCAGCUGUUCCUCAAACAAAUCAAACUCAAUUACACCUAUGUGUUGAAAGUACUGCAUUGCGCUUAAUUACUAGCCUUGGAAGUAAUGAAGUUCAACCACCCCUUUCAAGAUUCCUUAGUGAACCUAAAACUUUAGUAUCAGCUGAAUCUGAAGAGCUGAAUCGAGCUCUGGUUUUAACAUUAGCAAGAUCUAUGCACAUAACAGGAUCAUCAGCUGGGCAAGAAGGAUCUUGGUGUAAAGAAUUGCUUACUACAAUUAUGGCUAAUACACCUCACAAUUGGGCUCAGCAUACUUUACAAUGUUUUCCAUCUGCACUUGCAGAUUUUUUCGUUCACAAUCCAGUUAAUAAAGAAAAUAAACAGCAGCUUAAGGCAACUGUUGAAGAAGAGUACCGAAAUUGGGCUUCAAUGACCAAUGAAAAUGAUAUAAUUGCUCAUUUUUCAGUUCCUACAGCUCAUCCGUUGUUUUUGUGUUUGUUAUGGAAAAUGAUCUUGGAAACUGAUAGAAUCAACCCUAUUGCUUAUAAGAUUUUAGAAAGAAUUGGUGCUAGAGCUCUAUCAGCGCAUCUCCGUAAAUUUUGUGACUAUUUAGUAUUUAAAUUUGCUGUCUCAGAGGAAGGACAACAUGUCAAUAAAUGUGUUGAUGCUAUUAAUAGCAUGAUAUGGAAAUAUAAUAUAGUGACAAUUGAUCGACUUGUACUUUGUUUGGCACUUCGUACACAAGAAGGAAGUGAAGCUCAAGUUUGUUUUUUUAUUAUUCAAUUGUUGUUAUUUAAAGGUGCCGAGUUUAGAGCUCGUGUACAAGAAUUUGUUAAAGAAAAUUCUCCAGAGCACUGGAAACAAUCAAAUUGGCACGAAAAACAUUUAGCUUUUCAUAGAAAAUAUCCAGAGAAAUUUGCUCCAGAAGGUAUUUUAGAACCUGCAUCCUAUCAACCAUUGCCUGUAUAUUUUGGCAAUGUAUGCCUCAGAUUUUUACCGGUAUUUGAUAUUGUUAUUCAUAGAUAUCUUGAACUUCCUCCAGUUACAAAAUCUUUAGAAACACUUCUGGACCAUUUAGGUUGUUUAUAUAAAUUUCAUGAUCGUCCAGUUACAUAUUUAUAUAAUACAUUGCAUUACUAUGAAUCCAAAUUACGUGAUCGACCAUCCUUAAAAAGAAGAUUGGUGUGCGCUGUACUUGGUUCUAUGUGUGAAACUCGUUGUUGUUGGACAUUAUCUGAAUCUUAUCAGAGAUAUAUGCAACCUUCAUCAACAUCCACAAAUAAUGCUACAACAGGCUCUAAUAUAGAUAUUUCAGUUACUCCUCCAAAUCCUAUUUGGUCCCCUGAUCUGGAGUAUUAUGUUAUAUUAAUUAAAAGAAUUACUGAUACUAUAAAUGGUAAUGUAAAAUUCCCCAAUAUAGACUGGAGGUUCAACGAAUUUCCUAACCCAGCUGUAUAUGCUCUUUAUAUGACUUCUGUGGAACUUAUGGCUUUGCCAUUAACUCCUUUUUCUGUAGCUAAUUCUCUAAUUGAUGUUGUGAUGAAAAGGUAUACAGAAAUUCCUUCCAAAGAAAUUCAUCAUUGGAUUAACAGUUUUGGAUUAAUUAUGUCAGCUUUGCCAGAACCAUUUUGGUUAACCCUGCAAGACCGUAUUCUAGACAUGUUGCAAAGUCCUUGCUUAGGUUCAUGGAAAUACAUUCAUACACCUUUCCAGUUAUUCAAUUUUGAUCUUACUCAUGGUUGUAUGUUAGAUAAUCGAUUCUCAUAUAUGUUAGCAUUAGCUCAUGCAACUUGGCAUCAUGCAGGUGUUGGACAUAUAACUUCUUUUCAACAGUUUGUCAAAGAAAAAUUAGUUCCAACAGUCUACAGUGAAGAACAGUUUAUAUUUUUAUGUCAUUUAUUUGCUCCAUUUUUAUCACGUUACAAUUUAGAAAAACCAUAUCCCUCUAUUUUGGAUAUUAUAGUACAGUUAUUUAACGCUCUGGAAAGAGUUGACAAGCAUGUUCAAAAGCUUAAUUACAUGGAUUCAAUCUGCGAUUUAUUGUACCAUAUUAAAUAUCAAUAUGUUGGUGAUCUAAUGAAAACUGAGGUUGAGGGUAUUGUACGUCGACUACGACUAGCACUACAAAAGAGACUUCGUUUUAUAACACAUUUGAGCUUAGCAGAAGUAGAAGCUUUAAAUAAGGCAAAUGAAACAGAUUCUAUUAUUCUUACUAACGGAUCAAAUGGUAUUAUACCUCAAAACCAAGUUACAAAUGUAAUUUGUGCUCCCUAAUUAAUUCUGAUAUAUAUAAUAUAUUUAUUUUAAAUUAAUACAUAUUAAUGUACUUAUAAAUAUUAUUUUAUAUCAAGAAUUAAGUAUAUAUCUAUUUUAAACUCAAUAAAUAAAUCAAUUUAUAAAAACCAAA